AUGCCUGCCACCGUCCGCGGCAAGCUGCCUGUAACAAUGUGUAACAACCGUGCCGAGAACUACUCAGAAAUGGUUGUUGCAUCCCCAUCCUGGCGUGUUCGUUGGACAGUUGGAGGCUGCAGUGCUGCUGUGCAGCAGGGACUGGUUGCUGCCGGAGCCCCGGAUGAUGAACGGAGACUUUGCUUCGGGGUUGUUUCCGGCACUGCCUUUAGAUCGCAAGUAAGGGACGCGGGCAAGCCCCGCUCCCUGGUGGUUGCGGGUCAGCCCCGCACCACACGUGACCGCGGGAAGUCCCGCGUCACAGGAACCAGCUGCGGGCCGAUCCGCGCUGGUCGCGGCAAAGGAAAGCCGGUGACCAAGAAGAAGAACAAGAGGGGGAAAAGAAGUGAAGCGGCCACCUCUAGGAGGCAGGACCGCGGGCAGGCCAGAAGGCUUGCAGCCGCUGAGGAGCGGCAGGAGCCACCAAGAAGCCACAGGGCAGCCGCUGAUCCCUCGGCCCGGGGGUCAGCUGAGGCAAGGGGCCGAGGUCGUACUCCGAGGCGGGUGGUUCUAACUUAUAGCCUGGAGGAGGCUCAGGAGCGAGACCGGAUCCUCGGGACGACCGCGGCCAAGAGCCAACCAAGGAAGCCCAGGCAGACAGAGGCUGGGUACGAGAAGAUCAAGUGGAAGAAGGAGAGGCGACGAAGGAAGGAAAGGAGCCGCCUCGACCUUCGAUCGGUUCCUCGGGAGGCUCAGGCAAAUCGGGUCCUGAGGUCGGUAGCGCCGACACGAAGCAAGCAGGCUUCGGGGCGCAAGAGGGACUUAGAGGAGUUCCUGACCGAGCAAUCCGCUCGCUUUGCGCAGCAGAGGACCAGGCGUCGCAAGGCCGCCCCGGCUGUGCGCAACUACGACGAGGAGAGCAGUGAGAGCUCGGAUGGAGAUGGAAGCGGGGUUCCGCUGGAGCAACAGCUCCAGCAGCAGUUGCAGCAAACUAACCUGAUGCUGCAGCAAAUGAACAACAGGCUGGUGACUCAGGAGGCCCAGCUGUUGCAGCUGCAAGCGUCAGGAUUGGCAGCCCGGGGAAGGCAGAGCACCUUCGAUACCGACAUGCCGGGCCCAAGCCAUCCACCGGCCCCAAGGGCCGGCCUGGUAGACACCAGGCAACUCGGGAAGCCCGAGGUUUUCAAAGGGUCCACGGAGGAAAGCUUCAGUGACUGGUCGUUCAUCUUUGAGUCUUACCUUAGCUGCAUCGACUCGAGGUACAUUGACCUGCUGGAGCAAGCAAAGUUUUCCAAGAAGAGCUUCCCAAACAGGGCUCUUUCGGAUGUGGACCGGGACCUUUCUUGCCAACUCUAUUAUAUCUUGGUGAUGCUCCUGCGCGGUAGGCCGCUUGACAUCACUUACAACACGGGCCUCGGAGAAGGUCUUGAAUCCUACCGGCGCAUCUUUGAGGAGUUCCACCCGAGGGUUGCGUCACGCUAUGUGGGCACUCUCACAACGUUGCUUUCAAGCAAGUUUGGUGAUGAUGUUGAGGGGGACUUAGCGGCCUUCGAAAAGAGCGUCCGGAGGUAUGAACAGGAGAGCGGCAAAACACUGGAUGAGGAGAUGCUUUUGGGCAUUGUGGUGAAUGGGCUAAAGGACAGCAGCCUGCAAAGCCACAUCAUCCGGAACUCAAGCCGGCUCAAAUCCUUUACGGAUGUGAAGGCGGAACUUUUGGAGAUUUCGAGGACCAACCGCGUCCUGCAGAAUCUCCCGCAGCCAAUGGACCUUGGAGCUGCACCGUGGAAAAAGGGCAAAGAGAAGGGCAAGGGCAAAGACAAAGGCAAAGGCAAAGGCGACAAAGGGGGUAAAGGCCAAGGCUCAGACAAGCAAAAGCCCCAAGGCGCAAACCCCAACAAGGACCGUGAGUGUUGGUACUGCCAUAAGAAAGGGCAUGUAGAAGCCGAGUGUCGCAAGAAACAAGCCGAUGCCAAAGCCAAGCCCAAAGCUAAAGCAAAAGGUGGCGGGAAGAACCGCACACCUCAUGCGGCUAGCCCCGCUGAGGGCGAGGAGGAACCAGAGCCCAUGUCUGCAUCGCCUCAGGAGCCGGACCUUUGCUUUGGUGUGGUGGCGGCAACGCCCAGCACCGAGGCCAGUGAGACCGAGGUUCUUGUAGAUACGGGGGCAGGGUCUCACCUGUUUCGGAAAGGGUUUGACUCCGGUGCUUUGUUGGGUUCUCGUGUUUCGGGGCCUGGAAUGGUUACCGUUACGGGUGAGCCCUUGGCUAGCGACCAGAGGCUUAGGAGCCAGCUCGAAACCAGUGCUGGGACCUUUUCGGUAGAGUACGCCGAGUCUGAAAAGGUUAGGUUUUCGGUGCUUUCUGCUGGCCAAGCGGCCACGAAAGGCACCUGGACGGUGAUUGGCCCCGGUGUGCAGUGUAUGGUUCUAGAUAAGCAUGCGUGUAAGCUUAGGAAAGCCCUAGGAGAGACCAAAGACACGAUGCAACUCAGAAAGAAGAGAGGGGUAUUUUGGCUCCCAGUGAACGUGGUGAAAGAAAGUGAAAGGGUUGAAGACCCAGACGUGUUAGCAGCUACGAGGGCUGCUAAGAAGACGGUGCCAGCAAAGGCGCUGGCAGGUGAAGGCGAGGAGCCUGGUGAAGCGGGUGACUCCGCUCAGCCGGGCCAAAGCUCAAGUGCGGGCGGCCCCGCCGAUGCGGGGAGUUCCGCUGCGAACCCUGGUGCGGGUAACUCCGCCGGCGCAGGGAGUUCUACUGACGGCCCUGGCGCGGGUGGCCCCGCCCAGAGGCUUCCGGAGAUUGGCGACGUGCCAAUGGAAGUGUCUGAGGCCACGCGGCGGCCGAAGACAAAGAAGAUCCCGGACACGGUUAGCAAAGCCGAGUUUGACGAGCAUAUGCUUACGCAUCUGCCCAUGCGAAGCUGGUGCGAUCACUGCAUGCACGGCAAGGUGCGUGAGGAUGCGCACUCAGCUCGGGAGCCCAGCGGUCGCGCGUCGGAGGUGGCGCGCAUCUCCCUGGACUACUGUUUUCUGGGACGGGCCUUGAAGGGCCCAGUGAACUCCGUGGAGGAGGUCAAGGUGCCUCAGGAUGAGAAGGAUGGUCUCCUUCCCAUUCUGGUGAUCGUGGACGAAAAGUCCGGUUGUGUUUUCUCUGGUGUGGUGGCUAAGGGCGUUAACCCGUAUGCCACUGGAUUGGUGACUGAAGCGCUCAAGUUCUGCGGGCGCCAAAAGGUCAUCAUGAUGAGCGAUGCUGAGCAUAGCAUCCGGGCACUUGCUGAAAGUGCCGCCAAGUCCUGGACUGGCAGCGUGCAGCACCAGACUGCACCGAAAGGUUCUCACGCAUCUAACGGCGCGGCCGAGCGAGCCAUUUUGGAGCUGGCGCGUCAGGUGCGAACUCUUGCGAGCGCGCUGGAGAAUCGCUACAAGAAGCCCCUGGAGACUGAGGGGGUUGUCUUUCCGUGGUUGGUGCGGCACGCAGGGUGGCUCAUCUCCCGUUUCUUGGUGAAGCAGGACGGGAGAACACCUUACGAAAGGCUUCGAGGCCGGGACUUCCGCGGUGAAGUUGCUGAGUGCUGCGAGGUCGUGCACUACAAGCUUGACAAAGAGAAGACUGGCAAGCUGGACAAGCAAACGUCAGUUGGAGUUUGGCUAGGCAAGUCUCUUGCCUCCGACGAGCACUUCCUGGGCACUGCUCAGGGGAUCCGUCGGUGCAGAAGCAUCUGGCGAAGGCCAGAAGAGAAGAGGUGGGAGCUGAAACACCUCGAGGGGAUGGUUGGGCUUCCCUGGCAACCGCGCGGAGAGCCAACCACCGUGCCUUCAGACAACAAGGCCCCAGCGACUCCAGGUCGCAGGCAGCCCUCGGUGUAUAUCACCUUGGAGCGUCAGAUCAAGCACGGCAAGACACCCGGAUGUCCUGGCUGUGAGUGUGACGAUGACAACCCAAAGCGGCACAACGACGAGUGCCGUAAGAGGUUCGAGAAGUUGUACCCGAGGCAACCGGUGCCAGGAACGCCUGGUACACCAGUCCCUGGGACGCCUGCGGGACCCAUGGAGACUGAAGGAGGUCAGGCCGAGAUGCCCCAGGGCACCGGCCAAGACUUGGAGUCGGGAAGCACCGAGCCGAGUCAGCCUUCAAGGCCAAGGGCCAUGGAGGGGACCUCUGAGGCUAAGUCAGGCCAGAAGCGAGAGGUUGAGGAUGCGGGUGUCCCCGCUCCUUCAAGUGACAGCGGGCAGCGCCGCGUUACUGGAAAGAGCUCACAAGGAGCGAAGAAGCAGAAGACGCCAGAAGCAAGAGGUGAAAAGCGUCCUCUUGAGGACCAGGAGUUGAUGGGGGGACUGCCCACGCUCCACGAGAAAGGCGAGUGGGAGCCUUUGUUUGCUUACCCUCUGGACGGCAGAGUGGAGGAGCUUGGUGCCUACGACGAGCGAACAGGCCAGCCCCUUCCCGUUGACAAGGUCAAGACUGCAAGAGGGCGCGAGCUGGACAAGAUGGAGGAACACUCUGUCAAGAAGGACAUCUCUUGGGAGGAGGCGCGACGGCAGGGGCUAAAGAUAGUCCGAAGCCGGUGGGUGGAUGGUUGGAAACCAUUGCCCAAUGAUCCGAAUGGGGUGCGCAGCCGCUGCGUAGCCCAAGAGAUCAACGACCACGAGCGCGACGACGUUUUCAGUGGAACACCGCCGUUGCGGACGCACCGCAUGGUACUUUCAGCUGCAGCCACUGCAAAGACUGGCAGGACCAACCGGCGCAAGCUUAUUGCCCGGUAUGAUGUUUCUGUUGCCUUCUUUCAUGCGGUGGCCACGGGCAAAAUUGCGGUCGUCCCUCCGAAAGAUCUCGAUCAAUCGAAGCUCUGGUACUUGCUCAAAGCCAUGAAUGGCACACGUGAGGCUUCGCGACAGUGGUCAAAGCGCGUGUGUGAGGUCAUGACGGAGGCAGGUUUCUGGGAGGUUCCAGGAAUCCCUGGCCUCUUCUACCACGACGAGUGGUGUGUGACCUUGAGCUGCCACGGCGACGACUUUAUCGCUGAGGGCGAAAGCGACGAUCUGGAUCGACUGGAUGCGCUGAUGAUGCAAUCCUUUGAGAGCAAGAUAUUGCCACGGAUUGGCCCUGAGGAGUUCGGAGGCCAGACCACGCAUGGCGAUCAUCUGCACCGCAUCAUUCGAUGGAGCGAGCGCGGGUUCACUUGGGAAGCUGAUCCUAAGUACUCGCGGCAGAUCGUUGAGGAGCUCGGGCUUACGGACGCUAAGAGCGCAGACGCCCCAUGUUCUACGGAAUGUGGGAAAGGCCGCAGGGAUCUCGAAGAUCCUUUGGACGCUGAGGCUGCAGCGAAGUUCCGGAGACUCGCUGGUACUGCGCUUUACCUGUCCCAGGAUCGCCCGACGAUCCAGUAUGCCUUGUCGGAGAUCACCUCUGGCAUGGCAAAGCCUACGGUUGAACACGAGCUCAAGCUCAAGCACCUAGGCCGUUACCUUCUGAAGUACCCGAAGGAAGUUUGGCACUACGAGUACCAGGAGCAGCCUGAGGAAGCUGUGGUGCUUACGGACUCGGACUGGGGAGCGUGCAAGCGCACGCGCAAGUCUAUGUCCAGCUACGCUGAGAGAUUUGGGAAGCAUCUCAUCGAUGCUUCGUGUGCCAAGCAAUCGGUGAUAGCGCUCAGCUCUGGAGAGGCUGAGUUUUACGCGUUGGUGCGAGGAGCUGCCGCCGGACUGCUGACAGCGCAGAUCUGGGAACGGAUUGGGUUUAAGGGUUUGAAGCUUACCCUGAGAACCGAUUCGAGCGCAGCGAAGGGAAUCGCGACACGCAAGGGCUCGGGCAAGGUGAAGCACUUGUCCAUGAAGGAGCUUUGGAUACAGGACUGUGUUCAGAGAAAGCAGCUUACGGUGCAGAAGGAACCUACGAAGAGUAACUGGGCCGACUUGGGCACGAAAGCUCUUUCAGGCUCAAGAGUGACAGAGCUAGUCAAGGGCAUGCCUCUCACAAGGGGCUUGGUCAUGGCGUGCCUGUUCGCGUCCUUUGGCGUGGCUACGGGGCAGCCGAAGGAGCGCCAGCUCGAGACUGAAGACGUUUCCUUCUUCAUCUACAUGCUGAUCAUCCAUAUCUUGGCGAUCCAGACCAUUUGGCGAUGGAUCAAGUUUGCGUUUGUGUGGUGGACCACGCCACGUGUUUCAACGAAGCCGGCCCCUACAGCUGGAGGCCGCGUGGACCGACGAGGUCUAGAGGCGAAUGCGGGUAGCCCCGUCUACGUCACCCGUAAGGGCAAGAAGUUUCAUAGGAGACACUGUAGACACCUGGGCCAAAACCCGUACACGUUGCAGAGGGCUGAGGCUACGCAAAGAGGCUUUGGUCCUUGUACAGACUGCAACCCGUGA